UCUCUUCUCAACCCUUCUGUGGGCAGUAUUCUUGGGAUACCUGCCAUUUUCUAUAACUUUCAAGGCAUAUUUCUUCGGAUCUAUGGCUGUCGUUGCCGUGUGCACAGAUUUCUGGGGCAUAUUAUUGAAUGCGACGAUGCUUAUUCGCCUUCGCGACAAUGUCAAGUACCCUUCCUUCGGAAAAGCUUGCAGAAAUCUCAUUCAAAACAAGCGUUUCUCCUCGAUCGCUUCUUUGACGGGAGCUACCACCGGGGUCCGCAUCCUCUACCUCACGAGCAACAACCUCAUACCUUUCUUUGGCACGUUUAUCUUGCCCCUACUUGUGCAAAAAUGCACGGUGCGGCAAGUAGGGGUGGCGUGGGAACAGCAGAUGGACAUGUCCUUGGCUGUCGGCAUCAACGAGCGCUUGGGCUAUCCUACCUCGAGCAUGGCAGAUGGGGGGUCCGAUCACCGGUCACAACGCCUUAUAGUGCUCUACGGCAGUCAGACUGGCACCGCGCAAGAUCUGGGGGAAGAACUCGCAAGGAAGGGCAGACGGCGAGGCUUCAGUCCCGUUGAACUCCAGGCAUGGGAUGAUUAUGACGUGACACGUCUGCCGGAGGAGACCCUAUUGCUUGCUGUUGUGAGCACGACAGGAGACGGUGAAGAGCCGGACAACAUGCGAAAGUCGUGGCGUUUUUUGUUGCGCAAGGCUUUGCCAGCUGGGUCGUUGGGGAGGCUACGCUUUGGCACUUUUGGUCUUGGCGAUUCCACUUACCCUAAAUUCAACGCAGUCGCCCGUCGUCUCCACACACGGCUCAAACAGUUAGGGGCCAAGCCGUUGGUUGAAAUCGGAUUAGGCGAUGAUCAAAGCCCCCGCGGAGUGCUCGGAGACUUCGAUACAUGGUGCCAGUCCAUGUGGCCGGCCCUUCACGCCUUAUGUCCAGGGGUCUUACUUCCUCCCGACGUGAACCGCCCAGCGUUGGAGCCCCUUAUCUAUGACUGCCAAGUUGUGGAGAUAUGUACCGGGGGGGCGGGAGAUGAUGUGGGUGACGCAGCCGCCCUUGGACAUCGCGCAGCUCCUAACUAUCCCAAUGCUCAAGAGGGGGAGGAGGAAGACCUUGAUGACUUGCCCGCCUUUUACCAGAGGCCUUAUGGAGCCCGCAAUCCCGGACCACGGCCUUUUCCAGCCCGACUUCUGGUCAACAAGCGCUUGACGCCCGACGACUGGUUCCAAGAGACUCGGCAUCUGGAGUUCGACCUGGGAGGGUUCCUUGAGGGGGCGGGACAGGGGCGGGACGAGGACAAAUGCGGCGGCCCCCAAGGGACACGGCAGGAGCGACAACCCUACCAGGCGGGUGACGUGGCCUACCUGUAUCCAGAAAACCGUCCGAACGCGGUCUCUGCGUUCCUGCGCCUCUGCAACCUCCACCCCCAGACCAUCCUUCGGAUUCGCCACCACCCGGAGGGAAAGGCCCUGACAGACCUUUCAGGGCCCGGCGAUGUGCCCUCCGAAUGCCGGGCUGCCACCCUCUUUCGCCGUUACCUGGACAUUAACGCGGUGCCCAAGCGGGCCGUGCUCGAGCAGCUGGCCUUGCUGGCCGAGAACCCCGAAGAAAGGGACAAGCUUCUGGAGCUCUCCUCGCCCGAGGGCGCGGAUCUCUACCACGAGUACUGCUACCGGGAAAAACGAUCCGUCGGCGAAGUUCUGCAAGAUUUCCCCUCCGUUCGUCCCUCCCUCUCCCGCCUCCUCUCCCUCCUUCCCCGCCUCCGUCCUCGCGCCUUCAGCAUCGCCUCCUCCUCCCACCCCCUUGGUCCCUCCCCCAACCAGCUCCAUCUCUGUGUCGCAGUCGUCGCUUUUCGUACCCCUUACAAACGCCAUCGCCAAGGCUUGUGCUCGAGCUACCUGGCGUCGCUGUCCCCCGGGAAGCGGGUGCCCCUGUGGAUCAGGCCUGGGUCGUUCCUCCUGCCCCCUGAUCCGCGGACUCCCUUGAUCAUGGUGGGCCCGGGCACGGGCGUGGCCCCUUUCAAGGCCAUGGUGGAAGAGCGAGCGGCCCAGCGGAAAGCCAUGGCGUCCGCAGCAAACGGGAGGCACGACGUGGGAGGGAAAGCGAACGUGGAAGGCGAAGGAAGCGUGGUCUCGAACAGGCCUCCACCCUACGAAUGGCUGUUUUACGGGUGUCGGAAGGAAAAAGUGGAUUUCUACUACCGGAAAGAACUGGAGGGGUACACCCGGGAAGGAAAGGGAGGGGAUGAGGAAGGAAGAGGGGAGGGAGGGCUUGUGCUGGUGACGGCUUUCUCCCGGGACCGGGCUGACGGGAGCAAGCUUUAUGUGACACACCGGCUCCAGGAAGAGGGGCCGCGGCUGUGGCCCUUGUUGGCGGGGGAGGGGGGACCGGGGUUGGACCCGGUGACAAACAAAGAAUUGGCCUCCUUUUUCGUGGCGGGUUCGGCAAAACGGAUGCCGACGGACGUGCUGAACACCCUCAAGGGCGUGGCGGCGACAGAGGGGAGGCUGGAAGGGAAGGAGGCGGGGCAGUUCUUGGACGGCUUGGUCCGGGCGCGCCGGUACUGCGUGGAGUCGUGGUCGGUGUGA